ACAUCAGGCAAUUUGCCCAGUUUUCAUGUACAUGAUUUUAUUUUUCUCUUGUAGGCAAAACAUUGUUGUUUAUUUGUCCAAAGCAUUAUUCCUUUCAUGUAGCUAUUUACAUGAAUUUAUGGUAUAUUUCAGGUGAAUGUACCAUCAUAUACAACCAGUAGCCUUAUAUGUCAACAGAUUGUGUCUCAUGCGGUCAAUGCUGAAAUGGUUGCCAUGGCGAUUGCGGCGCCGUGUUCGUGGUUACGUGGAAUGGUGGAGCAUUCUCCACAUGACGCUCUGCUACAAUUAUUUCACAACAUUUUUGAUUGCAUUUGAAACACUGAUGGAACCAAUGUUUUGGUUUGUGGACAAAUUUGCAAAAUAUUUAGGACCAAUUUUCGUUACUUUGGUAACAUUAAUGACAACAUCAGUGGUGACUAUAUUCUAUGUUUGUCUACUACCACAUGUGUAUGAGCUGUAUCAUAUUGGCUGGACCAUUUUCCAUUUGAUAUUUGGACAUUUACUUUUAGCAAAUAUCAUUUUCCAUUACGUGAUGGCAGUGUUUACACAACCCGGGACACCUCCAGCUCAGAAUGUUCCGGAAGUUGUGUCAAUCUGUAAGAAGUGUAUUUCUCCUAAACCACCAAGAACCCACCAUUGUACAAUAUGUGGUAAAUGUGUACUUAAGAUGGACCAUCAUUGUCCUUGGUUAAAUAACUGUGUAGGCCACCACAACCACCGCUAUUUCUUUCUUUUCUGUGUGUACAUGUGGCUAGGUACUAUAUAUGUAAGCUGGACGGGACAUGAAUUGUUCAGGCAACAUUUCUAUGGUGAUAAGCCGACACCAUUCCCACCAUUAUUAUACCCACUGAAUGCCAUCCAUGAUGCCUUUUACAAUCCAAAAAAAAGUACAGAGCCAAAGACAAUGUUGCUCAAUGAUAAUCCACCUGAUAGGGAGAAUUUUAAGGAGUACUAUUAUCAUAUUGCAGUAUUAUAUCAGUUUAUUUUGUGUUCCGGUGUAACUCUGGCUCUCGGCCUUCUAAUGUUGUGGCAUGCUAAGCUGAUCUCCGCUGGGGAGACUAGUAUUGAGGUUCAUAUAAACAAUAGUCAAAGGAGGAAAUAUAAGAAAAAGAAUUUAUCCAUACCAACAGUUAUUGGAUUCCAACCCAUAGCUGUACAAGGAGAUAUGGGUUGGAAUCCAAUAACUGUUGACCAGUGGAAAGCUAUAUGUAAUCACUGGUACCGAUGUUGUAAUUAUGAUAUUCGUAGAACCAAUAAGAGAAUAUUUGAUUGGGCUUUGUCUAAAAGUAGUAAUAGGUGUAAAAAUUGGCCAUUCUUGGUAAAGAAUAAGUCAUUUUGUAGAAAUGUUUUACUACCAUCCACACAUUUACCAGAAGGAGAUGGUCUCUCAUGGGCUAGAGCUUCUUAUAAAUAUAGUAACACCAAAGGCCUUGAACUUUUGUGACAAAGAGAAAAAUAGUCUGACAUAAAUAACAAAUACUUGCCAGGCUGGAUUCUUAAUAAGUUCAUCAAUGAUACGGGUCUUCGAUUAACAGAUUAUAUGUAAGGCAAGGUUGAUAUGAACUGUUAAACUGUGAUAUGCUGAGAAAGAUUCCACGAAGAGGAAGGAAGUGUAAGAAGAGGUUGUGGAAAACAGAAUUUAUUACCGACUGAAUUUUAUUUAUGAUAUCAAGUGAAACAUGAAUGUUGCAAGUGUAAUUUUAAAGAAAUUCAUGAAACAACAUGAGAUUAUGAACAUUACUUUUAUUACAAAAAAAACUUAACAGACUUUGCCACAGCAACAAGUCAAAGUGAAGAAGAUGGCAGGCAGAAUGUGUAAGAUUAUUGCAUGUAGAUAUUUUCAUUAUUGCGUUAGUA